AUAACUACACUUAUUUCGAUAAUAUAUAUUAUAUAAACAAUAAAAAUGUGAUUCAUAAAUUGAUGUAAACAUUUUAUAUUCGUAAUUAUUAUUUUUAAAUAUAAAUAUAUUAUUUUAAUAGGUAUAGAAAAGUUAUUAGGUAUUACCAUAUUUCUAAAAUCUUACCAAAUUGAAUAUUUAUAGAGAAAAAAUAUUUUUGUUAUAAAAUUUAUUAGCCACUACUGUAAUAUGAAACUUUGUCAAAAAUAUAAAUUCAUAUAUAGAAAAUAGUCAUUACCAUAUUUAAGAAAUAUUGCUAAAAUCAUAAAAUUUAAUAUAAAAGUUUUUACAUGUCACAAUUAAAUUGAUGCCAUAUACUGCCAUAUUAUAUUUUUUAAGCCAUGCCGUCUUUUUUUUUUGAGAAUGAAUGUAGUGAUAACACAUGUAUAAAUCACUUCUAGGGGAUCGUUCGAUGUAUUUCAAUAUAUUAUUAUAUGAUAGUAGAAGUUGAAAGUGUUUGGAUUUAUAUAUGACAUCAGUCCUUCUUUGUUCGGACGAACCAACUAAUAGUUUCAAGCUUGUUCUCCAAAACAUAAUAAAUAACUUCUAAAAUACUUAUAUACCACGGUUAAAAACUAGUAAAAUCUAUAGUAUAUCAACUCUUCCAGACUUAUUAUAUUGUUUGUCCUCAAGGAAAACAAGAGUGGUCCUAAUGAAAUAGGUUUUUGACAACAACAGGAUUCACAUAAUUUAAAAUCACUAUUCUCACUUCUGCAAAUAUGAUAGGUGGAAGUGAAUUUUUUACUAACCUCGGAUGAUUCAAUGUACUACACUCUAGCUUAGUCACCAUUAUCAUACAUCACACAACUUCACUGAUAGCGCCUCACAUACCCCUAUACUGACCUCAUUUCUGCAUAAGAUAAACGUGUAGGCUACGUCUUAGGAGUAUCGAUCAAGAGACACAUGGAAUCAACUCAAGCAAGUAUUUGGACCUACAUGUAACCUUUUAUGGGUUUCCCUCUCUCUUUUCUCUUCUUUGAAUCCAAUUUUUUUAUAUAGUAUAUAUAAUAUUAGUGGACAAAGUUGUAGACGAAUAGUAAGAUCAUCGAUAAAGUAUCUAUUUCUCGCUUUCAAUCAAUGUGUGAUCAUUCUAUUAGAGUAAAAUAAUGGGGUCGCGGGAAAUAUUCCUACCCCUCUAGACUGCAAGAAAUCAUUUCAAUCUUUUGUAAAUAUGGAUGCCAAAGAGAGGUGGAAGGAGAACUAGAGACACUAAGUCUAACACCAUCCAGACUUGCAUGAGGACUCGGAUCUAAUGUAUACCAAGCUCCAAAACAAGCAAGUAUAGUAGAUUAAGGUUGGAAGUCAUAUUUGGUUUCUCCAGACAUACUCACUAAGUGUGGAUGUGAGUAACAUGUGAUACACUGAGGUGUUUCCAUCUAAUACAUUAGUGAGUACAAUCAAACCUCGCGUGUCAAUAUGAAUUAGUAAUCAGUGCCGCACUGGCUUGUUUAGAAAAACUAUAAACUACUGCCACGUUCAUAUUUGAUAUAGUCAAAGCCCAUAACAAAACAACUAAAAAAACAGGCUUGUUACUCUCAUCAUCAUUGUAAAAUUACAUGAGUCAAACAAUUCUUAACCAUUCAUUCUCCUAUCUUCAAACUGAAACUACAUAUAGUAGUUUUGCGGUGGACAUAUAUCUGUCGUUGGUUAAUUAGGUGAUAAACCAUUAAAACUCCUUCCCAACAGUUUUAAUAAAAUACUGACCACAACUUAAUCAUAUUAAUUACUUGGCUAAGCAUGAUGGCAAAAGCGUAAUUUAAAAGAGCAGUUCGCUAAACGUGCAAGCGCCCUCUCUCCCACUCUUCUUCAUCACACGCAUAAAACGCAUCCUUCUUUUGCUCCCCUUCUUCUUCCUCCUUGAGCCAUAUCGAUGCGCUAAAGCGUUUUCGAUGGAUCCGUUUCUUAGGAAAAUCUCGGCGCCUUGGCCGAUCCUCGUACAAGCUGCGACGUGGACAGUGCUCCUCAUGCUGACGGUGGGUUUUGCGUCUCUGGCUCCGGAGAUGGCGUUUGUGUCUACAUUAUCAUCGUCCUCGAAUCUCUGCGGGGGAGAAAGAGAUGGGUUAGUGAGGAUUCCGAUGGAUUUACCGGGAGAGAUGGUGUGCGUGCCGUCUGAAAUGGUGAAGCGAUCAACUCUUGACCUUUUCGUGCCGACCAUUUUCGCUGGAGUUAUGGUCGUUGCAUCAGUUUCUCUGAUCCGAUCGUGUUUUGAGAUCGAAAGCGACGUAUAGAUAGAUACAUGUCUGUUUAGUUCUCGAAUCAUCCAAUGUAUAAAACUUCACACAGAGUCUUCUAGCUAUAUAUAUCUUAACAUCCAGUGUAUGAUGUAUGAAUUUUAAUGUUUUGGAAUCGAAAGCGUUGUGGAUACACGUACGACUCUUUAAGCUUCUUCAGUUAUAUCAUGAUUAUCUUAUUUGAUCAA